AUGAUGGUCUGCCCGUUUCGUCGAAGCCAGCCGUCUGCUGCGCAGGAGGGCGGCGGCAGCGGCGGCGCAGGAGGGUCAGGGCGUCCCCUCAGCGUCGGGCGAAGCAGGACUGGACGUACCGCGGAGACCAGGAGAGCGCUCAGGAAGAGAAGUCAAUCCGUGGGGGACAAGAUGGCUCUGGUUGGGCCGGGAGCGCCGUCGCCCACCACGUUCAGCCCGCAGGCGCCGGUGCAGCCCAACCUCCUCCUUUACCACGUCUCGAGACCGGAGCCACGAGCGCGCUGGGUCUUCAACCUCUCCAAGCACACCAACGUGACGGACAGCGGGCCCCCGCCGGAGACCAUCACCUCCACCAUCGACAAGAAGCGGCCGAACCUGGGCGGCCUUGUGUGGGUCAACGCGGUCGCGGGCAGCCUCCACUGCUGCCUGCAGAAAGGGGUCAAGAAUAAGGCCGUAACUCCGGUGCCGGCUAAUGUAUUGGACGGCUGGCUCAACGGACAAACCGGGCUCUGGUGGAUAGGCGCUCUGAAGGAAGGGCACCGGGCGCUGUGGGACUCCCACGUGGUGAUGAACUGGGCCAUGGUCUUCAUACCCUCUUCGCCGGAGAUCGCUGCGAAGAACAACAUGGAGGUUUGGCACGACAAGUGCUUGCCCGGCAGCCUGCGCGUGGCCCGGCCGGGGGAGCUCACCCGCAAGAUCUUGGACAUCGUAGCCGACGACCAGGACAAGGAGCCAUCGCAGGUGGUCCACACGCACCUCUGCAUCCUCCUGGCGGAGGGAGACGACCUCGAGCUGAAAAGGCCGAGGAUGUUUUCGUCCGUAACGACGCCUUCUCCCGGGGAGACCCCUACCUCGAAAAAGGCGCUGAGCCACUCGCGCUCGAUCUCUUCGUUUGACCUGGGCCCGUCUCUCGAGAAAAACGGCUUGGCAAGGGCAGGAGACGCGUCCCUCGGGGCCAUCACAAAUCGGAACGUGGCAGGAAUUGAGGAAGCGCUGGAGAAGGUUGCCAAGUACCGCGAGCGGAUUGUGAUCUUGAAAGACGACCGCCGCGCCAAGAAGGCUCUGAUGGAUCAACUUCGGCACGAGCUCGAAGAGAAGGAGGCUACUCUCUCCGCCGAGAAUGAACGGCUUCGCCUCGAACGUAACGACAUCAAGGACCGUGCCAAGGGGCUCUGGGUCGACCUCGAGAACCUUCGCCGUGACGCGAACGAUUGGCCAUCGGUGAUCGGUCCUGUGGGAACAAUGCUCCGUCCUCUCGAGAACGCGUGGUCAAUGGUCUAACCGCUAAGGCAUGCAAAACAUAAGAGUACG